UCGCCCAAGCGCGCCGUGCCAGCCGAGAUUGGCGACCUGGCGAACCCUGACGCGCUGCCCAGCCCCGAGCGCCUGUACGACGCGCGCGAUGCCUCGCCGGACCGCCUGCAUGAGCCGCCCGUCGGGCAGGUGGACGACCUCCUCGAUGUGGAUGCGCUGCUGGCGGAGGGCGAGCCGGAGGACGACGAGUCGGGCGGUGUGGAUGUGGACGACCUCCUGCAAGAAGAUGCGCUGGACGCCGACGGACCGGGUAUGGCACGCAGCACGACCAUGCGCCGGAUCCACACGGACGCGAAGGACAAGGCCGCGCCGGCGCCCGACGUGGACUUGCCGACGCUGCCGAGCUGGAGCCCGAUUGUAUGGGACUCGCUCCUGCCGGACGUGGAGCCAGCCGCCCAGCGGCCGCGUGCCGUCGAGCUGCCUGCCCGCACCGUGCGGCCCCGCAUCUCGCGCGACGCGAUUCGCGCACGCGUCGAGCGGAAAAAGUCGCAUGUGCUGAACGAGAUUCCACCGGAGCGGCGGCAGCCAGCGCCGGUGCGCCCGCCGCCGCGUGGCCCCGCGCGGCUAUCGACGGACAGUGCCCCGGGGCCCUCGACGAGCCGGCCGGAUCUUCCGUCCCUGCAUAGCCCCCUCGCGCAAGUCAAGACGGCGCUCCAGGACCAGGCGGGCCGCACCGUGUCAGGCGCGAGUCAGGCGGCUCCGCCGCUCUCCAAGGAGCUGGAGCGCCAGAGCCAGUGGUUCGGUGCCGAGCACCCCCCGCGCGCGGCAGACGCGGCCGCUGCGCCGCCCGCCGACGAGACGCACGAGGACAGCGACCACGACGAGUUUGUAUCGCCGCUCUCGCGUGUCUCGGCGCUGCCCGACGAGGGUGCGCUGCCCGACGAGGACGCGCCGGCCGCCGAGGCACCGGGCGAUGACGCCGAGCCGUCGACGGCCUUCCGCCAUCUCAUGGAGCGCGAGCUCACACGCAUUGUGCGCGAGAGCGACAAGCGGUACAAGGUGCGCGAGCGCGACGUGUACGUUGGCAAGCGGCCCAUGGAGCGUGGCUUCGCGAGCUCACAGGCGCCGUGGAAGCGUGUGCAGCAGCCGAACGAGGUGGCCGCGCUGGCGCAGGGCACACGCGCUGCGACGCCGCGGCUCGACACGCAUGGUGCCACGACGCAUGGGCGUCUGUUUCUGGCGCUCGAUACAUUCACGCCUACGGGCCUCCAGGUGCCGUUCAACGCGGCCUUUUAUUGUGUGCUAGACAAUGGCAUCCACCGUGUCAAGACGCCGUCGGCGCCCCUCGUGCCCGGCGGCGCCUCGCCGAUACACCAGGAGUUUGAGCUGGUGGAGAGCGCGCGCUUUGCACUGACGCUCUCGCUGCUCCUCGACGCGGACGGCGACGAUGUCCUGGACGACGAGGUCGCUGAAACGGGCGCGCUGCCCACGGAGGCCCGCACAGGCAUGGGCCGCUUCCUGAGCCGGCACCUCGGCUCCAAGGGUGCGCGCGAACCGUGGCGCCCCAAGCCGCCGGCGCCUGCGCGCCUCAGCACGAUCGGCGCAUCGCGGCUUGUUCUGGCGGACAUCCUGGACAACUGCUUUGCGCGCUGCGCGACGCUGGACCUGCCGGUGUGUGACGCGGAGCAGCGCACGCUCCGGCGCCACGCGAUGCCAAAGGGGCGUGGCACGCUGCGUGUGCGUGUCUUUUACCUGCCGCCACUGCCCGAGGCCGUGCACGAGCACCUGCCCGGCAAUAUGGACGAGGCCGUGCAGGGGAUGGUCUCGGUCGCGUGGCGCGAUACAGCGACGUCGUACGAGGGCAUACUGACGCAGCUGGGCGGCGACUGUGCGACGUGGCGGCGGCGCCCGAUGCGCAUUGUCGGCCUGAACCUCGUGUGCUACAACGAGGUGACCCGGCGGCCAGUGACGCGCAUUGACCUCGUGCAGGCGCUCUCCGUCGACGAGCACCCCCCCGCGGAGGGCCGCGAUACCGACGAGGUGUGCCAGGUGCCCCACUCGUUCUGCCUCACGUUCCGCAACGGCGAGCGGAUCUACCUCUAUGCGGACUCGGACGACAAGAAGAUCGAGUGGAUGAACACGCUGCACAAUAUCAUCACGCACAAGCUCACGCCGCCGCCCGCGUGGGCCAUUGCCGCGGCAGGGAUCUGCAAGGCGCGGUUCCCACCGGAGCGCCCGACCUCGUCCCUCUCGCGCCCAGAGUCCCAGCAGCGGCCCACGCCGCCGCCCGGCGCGACCAAGCCGGCCGCGCCCGCGCAGGCCCCGGGCGCAGCGCCAGAGGCGCCGCCACCCGCGACGGUCAGCUCGCGUGUGACGCUGGCGGUCCCGACAAAGCCGGCGGCCUCGUCCGGUCGGCGUGCGCCGCCCCAGGCGGCCAAGCCGCCGCCGCCGCCGCAGUCGCCGCCGUCGCACACAUCACCCGCUGCGCCCCGUGCAUCUAUGCAGAGGCCGCGGCCCAUGGACGCCCCCUCGGACGAAGCUAAUGAACGUGUCCACGGCGCCAAGCGCACAGCGCAGCGGGUACGCCACAUGGCCAGCCGCUGGCUCGGGAAGCCUGCGCCUGUGGCGUGUGGGAUACCGACGGAGCUCGUGCAGCGUAUCCUGCUGUACAGCAUCGAGUGGGACCAGGUAGCGGUGCAGCGCGUGUUGUGCCUGAGCCGCGCAUGGCACCUUGCCCUAGCGCCGUACGUCUAUACGCGUGUGCAGCUCGGCUCGUCCGAGGCGCUCGCGCGCUUCGCCGAGCUUGUGCAGCGGCGCCCGGAGGCGGCGCGUGCGGUGCGGCGUCUGUGGAUUGGGCCGCGGCAUGCGCGCUCCGACCUGCUCGCACUCUUGUCGCUGCCCAUGCCGGGCGACUCGGACUAUGUGCAGCAGCGGCGGGAGCAGGUGUAUGUGCAGACGCGCUUCGUGCUGCGUGCAUGUCGUCGCCUUGACGAUGUGGCGCUCAGUGGCUCGCUGGUGGCGGCCGAUGUGGUGCGCUCGUACGGAACGGCGUGCCAGCCCCGGCGCCUCACAUCGAUCAACCCGCACAGCUUCAUCUCGGGCUUUGACGCGCCCAUCUUCCGCCGCGUCCACACGCUCGUCCUGUGUGAUGUAAACGUGUCGCUCUCGGAGGCGCGUGCGAUCCGCCAGAUGCCUGCGCUGCAGACGCUGCUCCUGACGACCCCGAAAGAGUAUGGCGACCCGGCCAAGGAUGCGGCCAUGGUGCGCUGGGCGCUUACGUCGGACGACCCGCUCGACAGGUUCGCGCGCCUGGGACUGGACGAUAGGCCGCCCCUCCAUCGACUAUGA